UGUUAUAUAUUUGAGGAACGAAGCAGCGAGGGUAAGAAUGCCGCCAAGAGCUGUGCGAUGCGAUGUCGAAUCCAUAUGAGAAAGUGAAAGGAGGGAGACUCACCUUCAAGGGAGGAAGCGUCGCCACCACCAGCAAAGCCAUCGACAAGAAGAAGAAGAAGAAAAAGAACAAGAUUAAGGAUGAAACAAAUAUAUCCUCCGCUGCCGAGGUAGAGACAGAGAAUACUGAAACUGGCGGCGAUGUUGGUGCUGCAGGCGAGGUUUACACAAUCGAUGCGGCGAAGCGCCUCCAGUACGAGGAGCUCUUCCCCGUGGAGGCCAAGAAAUUCGGUUAUAAUGAAAAAUCAAAUUUCAAAUCUAUGGAGGAUGCCCUCGACGACCGAGUGAAGAAGAAGGCCGAUCGUUACUGUAAAUGAUGCAAUCUCUCAGAAUGUUUGUGGCUGUUUGUGGUGCAGUUUAUGUUCUCGCAUAGCCUGAGUCCUGACCUUGAUCCAAUCCAUCUUGGACAGAAGGGCAUCUUAAGAAUAAUUAUUUCUUUCCUAGUAAUAGGAAGUUUAGCAAGUAAUUUUAUAUUUUGAUGGGAUUGUUAGGAAGUUUUAUAUUUUGGUGGGACAAUUUAACAGUUUGCUAUAUUUUUUUAUUUAUUUUAUUUGAUAGAGCUAUUUUUAUUCUUCAUAUAUAAGGUAAUAGCCUUUGAAGGCAUAUUUGGUUUUUGGAAUUGAAUUAGUAUUUUGGGUUUGAGACCUAUGUUCUACAUCA